GCCUACAGUGAAAAAGGUAAAAUCAAGAUACAAAAUUUGGUACAAAGUGUUGAGAAUGGCAGCACAAAGUCCCAAUAAAGUGACAUUCAUAAUGUUUAGGAGUCACUGAAUGGUCCUUAUUAUCACCAAGUUUUUCAACCAUGUAGCAGUUUUUCACAAUUGUGCUAAUGCUGAGUGGUGUAGAACUGCCAAGCAUACUACUGUGGACUAUAAAGGAGUGACAUUUUCCUUUAAAAGCAAAAUAAUGUGAACUCUGCAGCUGUACCCUGUCCAAUCAGAGCUGGGUGUUCAAUAUUGUUAACUGAAUUUCUAAAUCACAUUUGAUGAUGUUUUGAUCUCAUGUUAUCAUUCUAAUCUACACAUUUUGGUUGUAAAAAUGAAUUAUUAUGAGCAAGCUGUCAUUAAAAACUUUGUCUCGUGUAAUACAUAACAGUGGAACACAUUUUAUUGCGUUGAACAUCAAUUUGAUCAUUUUAGGUGUGAUUUCGCAAACAUUUGUCAUGUUGAUAUCAGAAAAUAUCCUUAUUAAUAUAUUGAUAAUGAUUUUACCCAUAUCCUCUAGUCCUGUGUCUAACUAAAGGAUAUUUUUAUGUAUUUAUUUAACAUUAAUCACACUGACCUGCAAAGGACAUUGUUAUGAAUCAUAUCAAAACAUUUUGUAAGCCAUAACAAUGAAGGAAACUCUAUUGUAUGAAACUGUGCUUAUUUCUACCAUAAGUCAUUUUCCUUGGACACUCCCCCAGAGCUUUGGGAAUAUUUUAGUUGUCAACAAACAAAUAUUCAAAUUACGAAAUGUUCCCUGAGAAUAAUGAGAGAGGAAACGCUUAAUGGAGGAGUUCAUCUGGGAACCCUCCGGGAUGUGGAAAACCUUCAAAACACCUAACUGCUGAAGAAACCCGUAUGGACACAGAGGAGUUCCCGGACGAACAUAUCGUCAUAACGACCAUGGUCCCCACCGGUUAUACCAAGCUACAGGAGGAGCGGCUAGCCAUGGUGGACCUCGGACCUAAAUCCGAGGCCGGCUCUCUCCAGAAUUGCUACAGACAAGAGACAUCACACAUAGAAGGUCGUCGGCUCCUGGACCGGGCCUCUCGUUCCUCUGUUACUUUAUCAGACUGUGGAGAUGGAGGCUACACUGAAACAGAGCCUAUGCUGGCUGAGAGGAGGCUCUCUGGGGAGGAGGCAGAUGCAGAGGAAGAAGAGGAUGAGGAGGAAGGCCUGGGAUCUGCUGUGCAGAAUAUGCCCAAGGAGUCACCGCUGGCCAUGGCGCUGCAGAUCUUGGUGCCUUUUCUGCUAGCUGGAUUUGGAACUGUAUCAGCUGGAAUGGUGCUAGAUAUUGUGCAGCACUGGGAGGCGUUCCAGUACAUCACAGAGAUCUUCAUCCUGGUUCCUGCUCUGCUCGGCCUCAAGGGAAACCUGGAGAUGACUCUGGCCUCAAGGCUGUCCACAGCGGUGAAUGUAGGCAAGAUGGAUUCUCCCAUAGAGAAGUGGAAUCUUAUCAUAGGCAACCUGGCACUGAAGCAGGUUCAGGCCACUGUGGUGGGUUUCCUGGCUGCUAUAGCAGCCGUGGUUCUUGGCUGGAUCCCGGAGGGGAAGUUCCAGAUGAGCCACGCUGUGCUGCUCUGCUCCAGCAGCGUGGCCACAGCCUUCAUAGCCUCCCUGCUGCAGGGUAUCAUCAUGGUGGGUGUAAUUGUGGGUUCAAAGAAGACGGGCAUCAACCCAGACAACGUAGCCACACCAAUUGCCGCCAGUUUUGGUGACCUCAUAACCUUGGCGAUCCUGGCCUGGAUAAGCCAGGGCCUCUACAAGUGCCUGGAUUCCUACCCGUACGUGUCGUCACUGGUUUGCGCCUUCUUCAUGAGUCUGACUCCUCUGUGGAUCGUCAUCUCCUCCAAGCACCCAGCCAGCCGCACCCUGCUCUACUCCGGAUGGGAGCCAGUAAUCACUGCCAUGGUCAUCAGCAGUAUUGGAGGGCUCAUCCUGGACAAAACAGUGUCUGACCCAAAUUUGGCUGGCAUCGUAGUGUACACCCCAGUUAUCAACGGAAUUGGGGGUAACCUGGUGGCUAUUCAGUCCAGCAGGAUCUCCACUCACCUGCAUUUACACUGUGCUCCUGGGGAGGUUCCUGACGAGUCCAAGGGCUGCUACUACCCCUGCCGCACAUUCUGUGGUACAGGAGCCAAUCAUCGCUCUGCUCAGGUGCUCCUUCUCUUGGUGAUCCCUGGUCACUUAAUCUUCCUUUACACCAUCCACCUGAUGAAGAGCGGACACACAACCCUGACACCCAUCUUUAUGUCUGUCUACCUGGCUGCUGCUAUGCUGCAGGUUUUGCUGUUGUUGUGUAUUGCAGACUGGAUGGUGCACUCCAUGUGGCGGAGUGGCAAAGAUCCGGACAGUUUUUCCAUUCCUUACCUGACAGCUCUGGGUGACCUGUUGGGCACUGCCCUGCUGGCGCUCAGCUUCCACUUCCUGUGGGUCAUAGGAGACCAGGACAGCGACGUGGGCGAUUGAGCAGCCUUUGACAAUAAGGCGUUGGCGGUGACAGGAACCUUGCUGUCUGCCAUCCGACUUCUCACGCCCUUAAGCCUUGUGGGAAUGUGGGUACUCUGUAUCGUCAGCACAUUCCUCUGCUUCACUUAAACCACAUGAUGGUUUGAAAACUAUUUUCUGCUCCUGGGUUUAUUUUCUACAAGCAAAAUACAAUAUAUUCCAUAGAUUUAGACUGUUCUCAAUACAGAUUUUGAUCUGUAUAGUUUGCACCAAAGCACUAGCAUAUUGUAUUGCUGGUCUUGUUAAGAGGAACAGGAAAACACCACAAACAAUGCUGAGAAAACCUUGCUGCUGUUGACAAGGUGGUCUACUCUGCCAGCCAAGCUCAGUCAAAGGUCUUCUACUUAAAAACAGUCUCUUUGGCUGGUAGAUAUUUUGGGUAUUUACCCACCAUGUCACAAAAUUUGUUACCUACCCAAGAACAAAUCUUGAACACACACACUUUGAACUGCCAUGUUAGCAGGUCUACCAGCACCAAAGUUAAAAGGUAAUAACAUGAAUUUGUAUUGAUGUUAAGAGAAGUCAACAUUUCUUGUGUCUACCUGUUUUUUGUGGGGGGUUCAGUUUUUGGUGUUUUCCCAGUGUCAACACUCAUGUUGCAAUUAUGCACAGGUGCCAUGCAGACACAUUUGUGUUUUCUUUUAUCUAACUAAAAUGGAAUGAGUCUCUGUCUGUAUGUAUGUAUGUGUGUCUGUCUUGGAUUUUCUCAGCCCAGCAAUCGGCCCGUUCCGAACAGGCACGUUUUGAAUAGGCACUGCACUGGUACAUACAAAUGUGAACAUUUCCAUUCCUUUUACAUUUAAUUUCCAUUUUCUAACCUGUUUCCUGGCAGGAUUUUGGAUCAGGGGUUCCCAACCUUUUUGGCUCUGGAAAGCAGCAAGUAAAUUAAAAAAAGUUAAAAAAAAAAAAAAAAGCUCAGUUCACGACUAGCACAUCCACUGGUGGAUGCAUUUCACCAUUUUGUGGUAGAGGUUUGGGUUGCUAUCAGAGUUUACAUUUGCAGCUCUGUCUUGCUCUUUAUUGGAUUUGUUUACAGAAACCCCAGCAACGUUACCCGAGAUAGCGUUACGUUAGUCCUCAUCUUCAUCAAAGCCUUUCCUCUUGUGACUUUAAAAGUAAAAACAUACUGUUUGAAAGUACAAACAAGAAAAUAAGUUGAGCAGCCAAACAGUUAGAAUGAAAUAACUGUGUGAUCUUACGUUUUCCUUAAUAAUACAAAUAACUAGCUCUAAGCUACAAUACAAGAACAAUGCUGUUUCCGUUAUCUAUGGCUACAUGUUGUUGGUUACAUCGAUCAUUAACUGGUGAGGUUGCUAUCAAUUUUGUCUAUAUAGUGCCAAUUCAUAACAGAAGUUAUCUUAUUGCACUUGUCCUAUAGAGCAGGUCUAGACCGUACUCUUUAUAAUAUUUACAGAGACCCAACAAUUCCCACCAAGAGCUGGGAACAGUGUCAAGGAAAAACUUCCUUGUAACAGGCAGAAACCUCGAGCAGAACCAAACUCGGGGUGGGCGGCCAUCUGCCAUCAAUUGCACAUUUCAGAACCCAUAUUUAAAACGAGUCAGCUAGAAACAUUAAAAAGUCAGUAGGAGACAGCGUUUGCAACCAACUUAUAAAGCUAACGUUAGCUUAAUUAGCUAGCUACAGCUCAUUAUCAUUGUAAACUGUAUAUGGCUGUGCGAGAACAGAAAGAUUGACAGGCAUAGCAACAGGAACUAAGGGGAGGAGAGCUUAGUAAAUGGUCAGUUAUAUCUUUGGAUCAACCAAUCCGCAGAGAUGUUUACUUUAUGUGUAUCUUUGCAGCCAUUCAUCUUUUCAGCCUUAGCCUCCUGUUACAUUUUGUAAAUGUUAACAGAACUUCUUUGCCACUCAUGUAAAACAAACCAUGAAAUCCUUUGUAUAUUAUGUCAACCUGCUUUUCUUUCUCAUUCAUGUCCUCUGUUUAUUUGUCCUGUUCGUUAUCCUCUGUGCAGUUGUGGGGCUUCCGCGGUAGAUGCUCAUCACAUGCUGUUUACAGUGCAUGUAGUGUAUGCAUAGUAUCUACAUGCAUGCACACAAUUAAUCAGCAGUUUUCAUUUCAGCAUAGUCUGAUUUUCUACUCAUAUCAGACUAAUAUCAUAAUCAGUGUAAACAUAACCUGAUUAAAUGCCAUAUUUCUGCUUGAUUUCAUUUACUUACUACAGAAUAUGCAAUGCGUUUAAAAGGUCAGAGAACAUUGAUCCAGAUGAAGCACCCUGAUCAUUAAAUAAAUCCCUCUGACUCCUGGAGAAAUUACAUGAGGAAAAUCAUCUUACUUAAAAAUAAACUCCUAAACCAAACCAACUCCUUAAUCUGAUAAUUCAGCAGCAUAUUGUGCGCAUGUGAACGUCAGCGGCUCUCUUCAACUCCAACAAUAUGUGCCUCUUGUGAUUGACUGGUUAACAAGGUCAUUUCAUGAAUGCAGUUUUCUUUCUUACUGCAUUAUAAUACUGUGCAAUGAUUUCGUUUUCUUUUCAUUUUCACUGCUACUAUAACAACUAUUCUAUUUUUGAAGAUUUUUAUUCCAAUAUGAGAUAUCCACCAUUUUAAUCACUGCAACUAUUUAUAGAUAUCAAAGUUGUCAGAAUCUAGAGGGUGACAGUUUGGUUCAAAGUGGAUAUAUUUCCUUUGGUAUGAAACCCUUAAUUUGCUAUUGUGGCUCAUAUGGGCCAAAAAAUGUCAAAAUAAAUGUUUUUCAAUUGAAAAGCA